GGCACGACGGGUCAAUAGAGCGCUCAACUUGCACAGUCUUCAGGACGUCCUCAUGCCCAUACGACGUCGUCUGGUGGUCAAUUUCGUCUCCUGAGCUCCGGUGAUGGUUCGUGGGGCGCGAGGCACCGCAAAAGCGGGCGCCAUCUCAGAGGCAGCCCGGGAGGAGGAAGCCUUACGAUAUGGAGCUUCGUUGAUGGCUGAGUCCGUCAUCAACGACGCCGCCUCGCCCUUGGACUCUUCGUCGCUGCGCCUCUCGUCUGAUGCCAUUCUGACUGCCUUUGCCCAGCUGGCCGCCCUGAAGCUCAAUGUAGAGCGGGCCGUCUUUUCCAUCUUCGACAGCAAGCGGCAACAUAUCGUCGCAGAGGCAACUCAGCUCACUGUCAUCACUCUAGGUCCAGACGACAGCCCUCGAGCUGCUGACACCGAGGGCCACGCGCUUGUGUUCUCCAAUACAGCCAUCCCGCGGGCCAACGGCGCAUGCGAGGCCGUCCUCGACUUGCCCGCCGUUCAGGUAUCGAGCAACGCCACCGUUCUGCCUAUGUGUGUGGUGCCCGACCUCACCCAAGAUGACCGCUUCUGCCGCAAGCCGUACUUUGGCGCAGACACGGCGCUUAGAUUUUAUGCCGGUGUGCCCCUCCGUACUCCCCAGGGGAUCGAUAUUGGCGUCUGCGCCGUCUUCGACAGCAAGCCGCGGGAGGGCCUCGACCUGCGCUCGCAGAGCUUUCUGCGAACAACUGCCGGGCUUGUCAUGUCGCACCUGCAGUCGAGGGUCUCCACCGAGAGCUACCGGCGACAUGAGCGCAUGGUGCGGGGUCUUGGGUCUAUGGUCGAGGGGACAGGCUCCAUGUCUAAGUGGCGAGACAUGCCCAACCCAGAGUCCUUUACUACCAUUGAAGGCAGAGAGGGCGGUCUGAACGCGCAGCAGCAGUACAUUCAGGGCCAGAACGAUGAGUUCCCCACCACCGCCCAGCUCCCCCGCCCGAAUCCAGUCCCGCUGCAAUCAGAGCCAGGUUCUACCGAAAAUCCAGAAGUAGCGUGCCCAGCCGAGAGCACAGAGACUGUCGCCUCGGGAACAACAAAUACUGCAACCGAGUCCUAUCCGUCGAUGCAGUCUUUCGCCAGUACAACAAGCCCUCCGAAGGAGAGUGAUGAUCUGGUCAUCACCAAGUCGCUGUUCUCACGUGCUGCCAACAUUAUCCGAGAGUCGAUCGAGGUCGAAGGCGCCUUGUUUCUAGAUGCCUCCGUCGUGUCGUUUGGAGGUCUCGUUCCGCGAGGAAGUGACUCCCCCCCGCCGGAUCAUGAUCAGGAACACUGUCAGUCUCCCGGGAGCAGCGGUGAUGAAUCAGUUGGAACCGAUGACAGCUCUACCGCCUCCAAAGCCUGUCAGAACCUGGGCUUUUCUACGUCAGACUACUCGAGCAUCAACGGAGAGAUGGCGCCCUUCGCGUUUGGAUCGGUUCCGGAUACUGUUCUCGAGAGGAUACUACGUCGUUACCCACGCGGUCAGGUUUUCAAUUUCGACGACGACGGUGUCGUGAUCUGGGCUGUGAGCGACUCGGACGAGUCUGGAAACUCGGGUGACGCAGAUGACCAGGUGCCAAAGCCAGUCAGGAACGUCCCCAACCGUCCUAGAAAAAGUGACGGAGCGUUUCUCAUCAGGAUGUUUCCUGGGGCGCGCAGCGUUGCCCUCAUCCCUCUCUGGGAUUCGCACAAGAAGAUUUGGUAUGCAGGCGGCUUUGUCUGGACGAGAUCUCGCGGCCGCGUCUUUACCAUCGAGGGCGAGCUAAGUUAUCUCAAGGCCUUUGGUGCUGCUAUUAUGUCUGAGAUAGCACGUAUCGACGUUUUGCGGGAGAAGAAGGCAAAGGAUGACGUCCUCGGCUCGCUCUCACAUGAGAUCAGGUCUCCGCUUCACGGUGUCAUCUUGGGGGUCGAGCUGAUGCACGAUUCUGUCUUGACUAGCUUUCAGGAGGAUAUCUUGCAUACCGUGGAGACCUGCGGCCGUACACUUCUCGACACACUGGAUCACUUGCUUGAUUUCAGCAAGGUCAACCACUUCUUACAGUCUCCAAGACGGAGAAGAUCAGCCGGACAUGCGCGUGGCCUCAACGUGGGUUCCGUUGGGCGGAGCAUUGAGUCGGGGAUGAUGAGUAUUUUCUCGGAAGUCAGUCUGGACUCGCUUUUAGAAGAAGUCGUCGAGAGCGUCUACGCCGGAUUCAGCUUCCAAAAUACGUCAAGCCGGUGGGCCUCGAGAGACAAGCCGAGUACUUCAUUCUUCGAACAAGGAAACACUCUCAGGAGACUAGAAUCUGUCCGCCAGCUAGACACCAAUGGCGCCGUUCUUGGGAACUCUCGAGAUGAAGAUGCUGCUGUUGGUAUCCAUCUGAACAUCGAUCCCAACGUUUCAUGGGAUUUCCAUGCACAACCCGGCGCCCUGAGACGGAUCAUAAUGAACAUCUUCGGAAACGCGCUCAAGUAUACAUCGACAGGCAGCAUCAUAGUGUCGUUGACACAGGAGCCGAUCUCUGCGAAGAGGAAGUCUAGGCGGCGAACCAUUGUCUUCUCCGUCUCGGACUCUGGACGAGGCAUCGAGAACGAGUAUCUGCAGAACCGGCUUUAUGUCCCCUUCUCCCAGGAGAAUCAAAUGUCUGCUGGGGCUGGUUUGGGUCUCAGCAUUGUCAAGCAGAUUGUUCACGGACUUGGAGGUCGGAUCAGUGUCGAGAGCCGGGUAGCCCACGGCACGACAGUAAAGGUUUUGUUGCCUCUGCGCUCCUCGAGUCGUAAGCCUUCCGCUAGUGGCUCCCCGCACAACGUAUACGACGAUCUCGACAGUCUUGUACAAAGACUGGGGGGUUCCUCGGUCGCCCUCAUAGGCUUCCCCGAACACUUUGACGAAGACCACCAACCUCUCUCGGUAGAGGUUGCAAAAUCACAUGUGGGCCCGAUGCCCUUCUUGCAGAACAUGUGUGAAAACUAUCUUCACCUGCGCGUGCUUUCCCCCCUCGAGCUGGUGUCCGAGGUCCCGUCCCUGGUCAUCUGCGCGGAGCGUGCCCUCGACCAGUUGCCAGCUCUGUCUAGCCAACCACCAGUGCUGGUCGCAUGUGAUAACGCCCUCACUGCACACCAGCUCACAGCCCAGCAUGCCUCCAACACAUCCCGCAUCGUCGAGUUCUUUUCACAGCCUAGCAGGAUUGGCCCGCGAAAACUGGCCAAGAUUCUCGCGUUCGCCUUGGAACGAUGGAAGGACCUCCAGAGCUCAGCAAAGCCCGGCAUCGUAUCAUUCGCUCCAGUUGAGACGAGUAGCCAGGACAUGCCUAUACUUGACCAAGAAUCGUUACCAGAAAAGGAGAAGAAUGGCUUUCUACUCGUCGACGACAAUGCGAUCAAUCUCAAAAUCCUCGACUCGUACAUGAGGAAGCUGAAGUAUGCCCACGACACCGCUACCAACGGGCUGGAAGCAGUGGACGCCUGUCGCUCAAGAGAAGUCCACUAUCGUUGCAUAUUCAUGGAUAUAUCCAUGCCCAUCAUGGAUGGGCUCGAGGCCACACGUCUGAUUCGAGCGUACGAACAAAAGCAACAACUGAAGCCAGCCUUCAUCAUUGCGCUUACUGGUCUUGCGUCGGCUGCAAAACAGCAGGAGGCAUACGCUUCCGGAAUCGACCUGUUUCUCACGAAGCCGGUACCGCUUAAAGAACUGGGCCGGAUUCUAGAAGCAAAUGGUAUGUAAACCACAUCUGGACUGCGGAGGGCGAUUUCAAUCAUUGAUGACGCAGUCUUGUAUCGGCUGCAACAUGAGCCUUCUAUCUGGGACCAUAAAAACAAAAUAAACAAAAAGAAAUAAAGAAACAAGACAUCCAGAAGCUUAUAGGGUACUUGGAAAGAAACAAUGGCGUUUCGGAUUUGUUCUUUCAAGAAAGAGGCACUGGCCGAUAUACACGUAUACCCCCACAUAGGUGUUUGGGUUUGAAAGAGUUAUUGCGGGAUCAAUAAGAAAACGUCUGGUGGGUAAUCCACCAAAGAAGACCAGCACAACACCAUUACAAUGAAAAUAAAUACAUGAAUCAAUACUCAUCCCUAUC